AUGGCUCCGAAACACCACGGACUGACGCGAGCCCUGCUCAGCACGAUCCUAUUCCUCCAGCCUGUGCUGUCAGUGCCAGGGAUAGGAACACUGCUACCACGAGCAUCGCCACCCUCGUCUAUAUCGACAUCUCUGUCUACAUCUAUAUCCACACCAACCCCAUCGGUAUCAAUGUCUAGCCUAGCCACGGCAACAACCUGCAACGGCCACGCCGAGUACUGCACAAGAUCCUACUCAAACAUAACCUUUGUCGGCUCCCACGACUCACCCUUUGUCGGACCCCUCCCCCAACAAAACCAAAACAUCGACGUAACAGCCCAGCUGGACAUGGGAAUCCGCUACCUCCAAGCCCAAACACACCAUUCAGUCUUCGACAAGAAUGUCCUGGAGCUAUGUCAUACAUCCUGUUUCCUCGAAGAUGCAGGAACACUCAAAGCAUUCCUCGAAACCGUGAAAAAGUGGCUAGACGCAAACCCAAACGAAAUCGUCACGCUCCUUCUCACAAACGGAGACUCGGUAGCGAUCAGUGAGUUCGGCGAUACUUUCUCUAGCAGCGGUAUCAACAGCUACACAUAUACCCCUUCCGCAAGCCCUCUAUCAUUAUCUGACUGGCCAACACUGGGCGAAAUGAUAUCCAGCGGCAAGAGACUAGUCGUGUUCCUCGACUACGGCGCAGACACAACCAAGGUAAACUAUAUCCUCGACGAAUUCACCUACUACUUCGAAACGCCCUACGACGUAACCGACGCGAAAUUCUCAAGCUGCAAAAUCGACCGUCCAUCUGAUGCCUCAGCUACAGGCCGGAUGUACAUCGUCAAUCACUUCCUAGAUGUCGAUAUUCUCGGAGUUUUGAUUCCGGAUCGUGAUAAGGCUGAUAGUACCAAUGCUGCUACUGGGGAGGGGAGUAUUGGUGCGCAGGCAAGUUUGUGUGAGGGGUUGUAUAAUCGGAAUCCGAAUGUGCUUUUGGCGGAUUUUGUUGAUAAGGGGGCUGUUAUUAGAGCGCAGGAUGCUUUAAAUGGAUUUUGA